AUGGAGGAACAAGAUGAAGUGAGAUGGACGGACUUCGAGGAGAGAGAAAUGAAGAGGAUGGAGGGAUGGACUGAAGGAGGGGAGUCCAUCCAUGAGGGGUCAGAGGGAGCGAGGAGGAGGAGGAGGAGGAGGAGGAGGAAGAUGUGCUGGGGGAUAUCAUCCGUCAGUAUCAGCCUCUCCUCCCGUCGAGUGAUUGAUACGAGAGCUGCCUGUGGAGGUCCUGAGGGGAAACAUCUCUCCCUCCAUCCAUCCGUCCAUCCAUCCAUCCCUCCUUCCAGCUCUUCAUCCCUCCACUGUUUUUACUCCUCAGCGGGCUCCUCAGCGGCCUGCCCCGAGGCCGACAGUGAUGGAGAGAGGCCGUGAACAUCACGCACCGCAGGGAGGAGGAGGAAGAGAGGGAGGAGAGAGAGAGUCUGGUACCGUCCGAUACGAAGACAACAACGAGCAAAAACAGGAAAUGAGGGAGAUACCCGACUCCACGAACAGGAAGUAA